AUGAAACAAGAAAAUUCCAGCACUAUCACUGAGCUCAUCCUGAUGGGAUUUUCCAAUCUCCCUCAGGCUGAGAUCCCCCUCUUCUUCCUCUUCUCACUGGCCUACCUGGUGAAUCUUUUUGGAAACACAGCAGUCAUCUCCUUAGUGGUUCUUGAUUUCUUUCUCCAGACACCCAUGUAUUACUUCCUCUGUCAUCUGGCAUUUAUCAACAUGUUUUUUAGCACACUUGUGGUUCCCAAGAUGCUCCUUAACUUCUUGUCAACCAGAAAAGUUAUCUCUUAUAACUUCUGCCUUGCCCAAACCUAUGUUACAUCAUUCCUUGAGGCAACUGAGUGCUUUAUGCUUGCAGUGAUGGCUGUUGAUCGCUAUGUGGCCAUUUGUUACCCACUUAGAUAUCUGCUCAUCAUGAACUCUUCUGUGUGUCUGGCCCUGGCUCUGGGCACCUGGACCAUCAGCAUUUUUGCAACAGUAGUGCCUCUUUACUUCAUAAUUGUUCCACUCUGUGGUCCUUAUAUUAUUGACUAUAUUUUCUGUGAAUUUCCUGUCAUUCUUCACAUGUUCUGUGGUGAUACCUCCCUGCAGGAGACAGUAAAGAUGGUAGUAGGUGCCGGGAUAGUGUUAUUCCCUUUUAUACUCAUUAUCUUCUCAUACAUUCACAUUCUGGUUGCUGUAAUGAGAAUAGACUCAAAGGAGGGCAUUAGAAAAUCUUUUUCCACCUGUACUCCCCACUUGAUUGUUGUGACCAUAUAUUAUGGAACAGGAUUGGUCAGGUUCAUGAGACACAAGUCCCUCUACUCAGCAGAGGGUGACAAAAUUAUUUCCUUGUUCUAUGCAGUCAUCAUCCCCAUGAUGAAUCCCUUCAUUUACAGCCUGAGGAACAAGGAAGUGAAGGGUGCCAUGCAAAGAGUCAUGGUGAGAUACCAAAAAGACAACAAAUCACAUAGUAGAAUCUUCAAAGAUUAA